AUGUUCUGGGUCGUCAUUCUUGCCAUCACUCUGACCAUUGCUGGUAGUGAUUGCCACGUACCUCGCAGUCCUCCACCACAAUUUCAUCGGGUGGUAAAGAGAGCUAUUACGAAUGGCACCAAUGACACCGGGAACGUCACCGACGCCAUGUUUCCUGCAAAAACAUUCCUGGGCAAUGGCAUAAACAUCUUCGACGUUCAACCUUUCGACAUUGUAAAUAAUGUCCCCGGCGCCGACCCUUGGACCGUACCAGUCAACGUAAACUGCGACACCUCCUCCUCCUCCUCGUCAAGUAAGUCCCGCCUCCCACCCCCAGCCCACCCACUUCUUCCCAAACUCGCCCCUUCCGUAUCGCUCAGCCUCACUAAACCCCACUCCGCAGGCACAUUCGAGCACUGGGACACAGGCUACGAAGCAGCGCAGAAACUGGCCGCGGGCGGCAGUCUGGGGAUCCGGUACGAAGCCAUCAGCGGCGACGUCUCCGUCGACAGCGGCAUCUCGCAGAUUUUCCAAGAAUACUUCGCGUACGCGCUGUUCGACUACAGUUCGCGGGUGCUGGACUGCACGUGGGACCAAUGGGCGCACUCGAUCAACGUCGCCACGCUCAAGCGCAUCCUGGCGAUCGUGCCAGCGUGGCGCGAAGGCGACGCCGCCAUCCUGGAACGCUAUCGCGACCUGUUCGGGCUCGUGGGUACGCAUGUCGUCACGCACGUGAAUUACGGCAGUCGCCUCUCCAUCUCCUCGUGGGCGGACAACAGUGAUGAGGCUGUGCUGCAGAAUUUCUCCGCCAAUGUGGACGCCAGUUUCGGGUUCAUUAUCAGUGGCGAUGUGCAGGCUCAUGCCAAGGACACGGAGUCCUACCACACGUUCUCCAAAUCGUUCCAGAAGAGCGUCGGCUGUCAUGGCGGCGACCAGGUUCUGGCGGGCAAAAUCAUGGGGGACCCCACGGGCCCGGACGUCGGCGACAAUUAUAAAGCCUGGCUGGAUACGACGCGCGAGCGGCCUGACCUUACGGGUAUAGGGGUCGACUCCCUCGACCUGGUGUUGCUGGCCAGUUUGGAUCCCGAGUUGAUGAGCAGGGCGGCCGAUGUCAAGAAUGCGUUUCAGUAUUUGACCAAGCAUCCGAAGACGCAUCGCACGAAUUGUACGAUGAUUGUCAAUUCGGAUUGGGGCGCCAUUUCGCUGCUGAGUCCGAGCGCGACGGUGGAGGAGGUGCAGGGCGGUCAGGUGCCGCCGGAUGUUACGGCCUUUGGGGAGACGAAGUUGAGUUGGUAUAGUACGGCGGGGACUGGGCGGACGGUGGAGAAUCAGAGGAUUGAGUAUGUUUUUUUUCCCUUUCUCCCCACACAUUCUUCUUCCUCCUAG